AUUUGCUGGGUUGGAUCAUGUGACCUGUUGACAUCCUGCUCAGUGUUGAGCUCACACUGAGUCUCUGCUGACAUCUGCUCUAGGAGGAGUUCUGUUCACAGAGACUAUGAUGGAGAAGCUGAUCAGAAUCAUGUUCCUUCAUAUCGUGAUGAUGAGAUCAUCUCCUGCUGAGGAACUGAAGAGGAACCUGACUGGAGUUGUUGGAGGAAGCAUCACUUUACCAGAUCUUCUCCUGGAGUUUGGUUUUUUUUUAGAUAAACUAAACACUGUUGCUAUGGUGAAAGAUGGAAAACUUGAGAUUCUAGAGGAAAAAUACAAGAACAAACUUCACUGGAACAAAGACUCUGGACUCUUUACUCUCACAGACCUCCAGAAGAACGACUCAGACAUUUAUAAAAUCGACUCUAAAAGAGGACUAAUUCUAACUUUCUCUUAUUCUGUCACAGUAUACGAUCCUGCUCCGACUCCUGCAGUAGAAACCCUGAAUGUGAGCUCUGACAGCUGCUGGUUGCUCUGCUCUGUGGACAAACUGACAGCUCUGCUGUGGUACAGAGACGAGGAGAUACAGAACCAGAACAGUUCUGCCUUGUCCUUACCCAUCACUGUCUACAAACAGGACAGAGACUCAUCUUAUAGAUGUGUAGCAGCCAACCCUGCAGAAAACAAGACUCUUCAUGUUAAUGUGACGACAUCCUGUGGGAUCAACAGCACAGAAGGUCCUGAUAAUCACAGAAUUUAUUGGAUCGCAGCUGGUGUCUCACUCUUCUUUGUUGCAUUUGUUGCUGCUGGAUCCUGGAUGAUCAAGCAGAGAUAUCUGGGCAAAAAAGCAUCAGUCAGACAAACACAAGGCAGGUAUUUGCUAAUUUUAUUCUUUCUCUCAGAUUCAUUUAUUAAUUUAAUGUUUAUAGAUGUAAAGAUCUGAGUCAGUUUGGGAAAUAUUCUGCAGGACUAAUCUUUUGCUUCAGACAGAUGUAAUGUUUGGUAUCAGCAUGUAAAAAACAUGUUAUUCUCA